AUGGGUGGUCGCAGUUGGGGUAGGAUAGAGGAGGAUCGAAUUAUUCGAUUAGUAAGCAAAUGCAAGGAUGCAAGGCAACUGAAGCAAAUUCACGCUCAUGUAGUUGUGAAUGGACAAUCUCAGAACAGUUUCUUGAACACCAAGUUUAUCCGUGAAUUCACAGCUUUUGGCGAUUUAAGACACGCCCGUGCUGUCAUUGACAGUAUUCAGUGCCCAAAUGUGUACUUGUGGACAGCCAUGAUCAGGGGCUACUCGAAACAGUCCAACUCCCAAUCAUGUUGCAGAGAAGCAGUGGUGAUAUACGCUCAGAUGCACCGCCGCAUUGGUUCUGCUAUGGCUAGAGACCAGGCCCUCACCUUUGCUUUGUCGUCUGUGUUGAAGGCAUGCACUUUAUUAGUGACCUUGAAGCAGGGAAUGCAGAUCCACAACAAUGUUGUCAAAUACGGUUGUGAUGAGGAAAUUCGCAUCCAGACAUCGCUCAUUGAUUUCUAUGCUAAAUGUGGACUUGCGAAAGAAGCACGACAGGUAUUCGAUAGAAUGACUAUUAGGGACAUUCAGGCUUGGAAUACCAUGAUUGCUGGGUAUGCAUUUGUUGGAAACAUGGAUGCUGCGGGGUCUUUAUUCCAAGUAAUGCCGGAGAGAAACCUUUUCACAUGGGAGGUGAUGCUCACCGGUUAUGCCAAAGUGGAUGAGAUGGAUUAUGCUAGGGAACUCUUCGAUGACAUGUGCUCGUGUCGAUUGCAGAUGAGCGUCAAUGUUGUUAUCUACACGGCCAUGAUCACAGGCUAUGCAAAAUGUGGUGACGUUUUGGCUGCAAGAUCUUUGUUUGAUGGGAUGGUAGAGAGGGAUGCAGCUACAUGGAAUGCAAUGAUCUCUGCUUACUCUAAGGUGGGGUUCUUUGAUGAAGCUGUGGAUCUCUUCCGUCUCAUGUUAAAGAUGGGAAGAGAUGUGAAACCUAACCAUACGACAAUUGCUAGCGUAGUGGCUGCAUGUGCUCAAUCGGGCUCAAUCAAAUUGGCACAAUGGAUCAAAGACUACAUCAACAGCCGAGGGAGCGAGCUAUUGAAUACCCACACAGUGACGGCACUCAUAGACAUGCAUGCCAAGUGUGGCGAUCCAGACAUGGCCUACGAAGUAUUCAAGAGCUGGAAGGACAAAGAUGUAGUUUGUUACAGCUCCAUGAUAUCAGGUUUCGGUAUGCACGGGCGUGGCAUGGAGGCUCUAAAGAUCUUUUCUCAGCUGAAGGAAGACGGGUUGAAUCCUGACAGUGUUUGCUUCAUUGUGGUCUUGUCUGCUUGUAGCCAUGCAGGUUUGAUAGACGAGGGAAAACAAUACUUCAAGUCCAUGCAAAAUGAUUACUCAAUUACCCCAACUGCGGAUCACUACAUGUGCUUGGUUGACCUGCUAGGCCGUGCCGGCCACAUCUUGGAGGCUUACGGAAUCAUUGUCGAUGUCAUGCCACCGGUUAAACCUCAUGCUGGUGUAUGGGGUUCCUUACUCAGUGCAUGUAGAGUCUAUAACAACGUUGAGAUUGGCGAGGUAGCUGGGAAACAUUUGCUAGAGAUAGAACCAAACAAUGCCGGUAACUAUGUCCUGCUUUCAAAUAUCUAUGCGAAGGCACAUAUGUGGGAUGAAGUGGCCAAGGUGAGAGCCCUCAUGAGGGAACGUGGAAUGAAGAAGCCUCCAGGUGCUAGCUGGAUUGAAUUCAAUGGCAAGACCCACAAAUUCCUGACUAGUGAUGUUCAGGAUCAUCACAUGGAAAUUAUUAUGCAAGUUUUGGCCUUGGAGUUGAAGGCUCAGGGGUACCUUCCUGGCAUGGACCAUGAGGACUGA